CUUUGGGAUGUGGGAUGCCGUCUGCCGUGCAAGGAAGCGAGUAGGUCAAUGGGCCGGCCAGCAUCAAACCCUUCUCGUGGGCACAGGAGUGGUCGUAGCAUGCGGCGCUGGGGCUUACUACAUGGUACGCCGCGUCGUGAACGAAGCCGAGAACAUGACGAAGGACAUCAAGCGUCAGAUCGCCGAGCAACAGCGACUCAGUGUGCACCUUCGCCGGACCGAAGAAGAAUGCAAAGCUGCGUUCCUUCGAUUCCUUCCUUCCAUGAAGUCCCGUAUCUAUAAGCAGUUGGACUUGGAACAUGUCGUGGAAAGCCUGAAACUGUUGGACAAGAACGAGAAAGACACGCGGGACAUGCUGUGGGACGACGCAAAGCUCAUCGGAUUCACGCGGCUGUACACGAGCGUCUACGCGUAUAGCUUGCUGCAAGUGCUGCUGCACUGCGAGCUACUCAUCAUGGGACGGGAAACCUUCGACAAAGUCGCAUCAGCACAUGCCAAGGUGGAUGGCGACGACGAUUCCAAGGACACAUUGACCAAGCAACACCAAUUCCUGUCGUCGACGAUGGAUUACUUCUUCACCACUGGUCUGCCCAAGUUGAUUGAAGCCAUCGAAGUGCACGUCCACGGCCACGCCGAACUCCACGCAUGGCGAGUCCAUGAAAAGCGAAACGUGCUACCUACGGACCUCCGAAGUCUUUUGGACGAGCUGCAUGUGGCCCCUCAAUGGUCCAUCGAGCAGUGGCAAUCGUUUCUCAUCUGUACGACCUCGUCUUUACUUCGAUCCUUUACCUUCAUGCAUAUGGGCAGUUCCGGAGACUACGUCCAUCGAUGACGUCCAGCUACUUGCGUCCGCCAUGCCAUGGCUGAAUGAACUUCGAGAUAUCCUGGACAGGUACGCGACGCCAUGUAUUAUCAACGCUUCGUAACUUUGGUUAGUCCGUUCCUGCUGCUGGCCCUGCAAGAUGCCACCAAUACCCUCGUAACCACCCUCCAGGACCAGUUGCUCGCGUCAUUGUUCGACAACAAGCAGGACGUGCCACUCGCCAAGAUCAUUCCGCAGCUCAAAGCCGAAGCGGCCAAGUACUUCAAGCCCCAGCACCAAGACCAACUCUGGGACGACUUGACCAAGCGCGAGUCGUUGCAGCACUUGACGACGUCGAUCUUUGCCCCCUUCGCGCCGUCGAUUCCAUCGACAUGGGUGUAGUACAAGCGCGCGCCAGCGGAGGAUGGAGUUAGGGUAGUCUGUAAUCCUUACGAAUAACUACUAGUACCAUGUUAGUAGCAACUGUACUUCGAGUAUUAUUGUCUUGGUGGAGGAACCAAAAGAAGGAUUAGCUGGACAGACACAACCGAUACAUGUGCGUUUGCAUGUCCAACUGACUCGCCAGCGCCUGGACAACGUCGCGCUUGGUCUUGAGCGCCGCCUUGAGCACGGUCGACUCCAAACUGGCCGCUUGCUGGGGAAUCCACUGCUUGAAGUGCGUGCACACAAACGCGAGUUCGACGUGCAAAUGCGUCAGGCGCCACGUCGACGCCCCAUCCCCCCCGCCAUCGGCCGCCACUUCGGUUCGAAUACGGCCGUCUAAAUGAUUGGCAAUCUUGGCCAAACAUUGCCUCAACAUGGAAUCCCCAUACGCCCCCACCGGGAUGCAUCGGUCAAUCUCGUGGCGCCACGUCACGAGCAGCAGCAGGACCGAAAACAGGUACUGCCUUGACUCGUCGCCGUGGGGCUCGCUGGGGUUGUCGGUGUCGUCGUCGUUGCCAAUGGACGAUGUAUUUGCUGCGAGCAUUUCCUCGCCCUGUAGAGCCGCGUCCAGUGCGUCCAAGCGGGGCGCUAGAAAGGCUUGAAAGCACGCUUCUUUCGUCGAGUCCACGGGUUGGACAAUGUCUGCAAUGUGCUGGGGCUGCAAAGCCAACCAGUGCGCCAGCAGCGGACUUAAAAGUCCGUGCACCUCGACAGCAUUGGCGAGCCCCACCAACGGGGCACACGUCGUCGAUUCUAGCAUCCCGUGGAUGCUGUCUGUAAACCCAGUCACG